UUAAACUGCUUUCGUACUUUAGGGAACAAAACAGUGAUUUCUUUCUUCAGACUUAGUCUGAAAUACGUUUUUUCGUCGAUAUUUAUGGGUGGAGAUAUACUUGUAGAAAGGAAGAGAGAAAACCCUGUUGAACCUGUCACUUCACGAUUUGUGGAUAGUGACUAUAGUGGUUUGGGAAAGACUUAAGAUAUUAUAUCAUAAAGCACUUGUUUUCCAGAAGUACAAUGGAUGACAUGAAAAAAGCUGCCAACAGCUCUUGCAAUGAUGGAGUUCUACUCAGAAUGGGCCUUAAUGAUAACAAAGCUGGAAUGCAGGGUUUGGAUAAGGAGAAAAUCAAUAAAAUCAUCAUGGAUGCUACUAAGGGUUCUAGAUUUUAUGAAAAUGAACUUAAGAAAGAUCAGCAAGUUAACCAACGAAUUGAAAAAAUGAUGCAACUAAAAGAGAAAGUUACAACACAACAGCUCUUGAAAGCACAGCUGCAGGUGGACAAACUUGUGAUAGAAUUGGAACGGAGUCGUAACCUUAGCAGUACAAUUGUACACGUUGACAUGGAUGCCUUCUAUGCAGCUGUGGAAAUGAGAGACAAUCCAGAGCUGAAGGAAAAACCUAUAGCAGUGGGAUCAAUGAGUAUGUUGUCCACCUCAAAUUACCAUGCUAGGAGAUUCGGUGUUCGUGCAGCCAUGCCUGGAUUUAUUGCUAAAAGGCUAUGUCCACAUCUAACUAUAGUACCACUAAACUUUGAAAAAUACGGCAAAGUGAGUAAAGAGGUUAGAGAAAUACUGGCUGAAUAUGAUCCCAAUUUUAUGCCUAUGGGCCUAGAUGAAGCCUACCUGAACAUAACAGAGCACUUGGAGGAAAGGCUGAACUGGCCGGAAGAUAGGAGAAGAUUCUUUUUUAAUACAGAAAGCACGACAAGAAUAGAUAAAGAUGGUAUGAAUAUGUCUGCCAAAUUUAAUGAAGGUGAAGUCUCUUCUUCACCAGUACUGUUCGAAGACAACACAUCUCUGAUGGAUGAUGGCUUUGAACAAAGAGGUCUAUCAGUGGAAAACUCAGUUGUCUUUGGAACUUCUGCAGAGGAAGUUGUGAAGGAAAUACGCUUUAGGAUUGAGCAGAAAACUCAGCUGACUGCUAGUGCAGGAAUAGCACCAAAUACAAUGUUAGCAAAAAUGUGCAGUGAUCGUAAUAAACCUAAUGGGCAAUACAGAAUUUCUCCUGAGAGACAAGCAGUUCUAGACUUCCUAAAAGAUUUGCCCAUUAGAAAGGUGCCAGGUAUUGGAAAAGUCACAGAGAAGAUGCUAAAAGCCCUUGGAAUUGUGACUUGCUCAGAACUUUACCAGCAGAGGGCGCUGCUUUGUCUUCUUUUUUCGGAAGUAUCUUGGCGUAAUUUCUUGGAUAUUUCCCUUGGUUUGGGUUCAACGCAUUUGGAAAAGGAUGGAGAAAGAAAAAGUAUGAGCACUGAAAGAACAUUCAGUGAAAUAAACACAGCAGAAGACCAGUACAAUUUGUGUCGAGAGCUCUGCAGAGACCUUGCUCAAGAUCUACAGAAAGAGGGACUUAAGGGUAAAACUGUUACAUUGAAGCUUAAGAAUGUGAACUUUGAAGUUAAAACAAGAGCUUCAACUGUGCUGUCUUCUGUUUCUACCGAGGAGGAAAUAUUUGCUGUUGCUAAAGAUUUGUUAGGAACAGAAAUUGAUAGUGUUGCUCCUCACCCUCUGCGGAUAAGACUCAUGGGUGUACGAGUAUCAGGAUUUCUAACUGAAGAAGAAAAGAAAUACCAACAAAGAAGCAUUACAAGUUUCUUAAAAUCAGGAAAAGAAAUUGGUUUCCUUAGGCUUCAGCCAGAGAAGUCCAACCAAGAGUAUUUCACAAAAAAUUCGGAAGCAUCUCAUAGAGGGAGUUUUUUUGACCAAAAGCGAGCAGCAAGACAACUAAACAGUGAGAAUAUUUCUCCAAAUGAAAGCAGAGGUAAGCAGCUCUUUCAUGAUGAUAAAUCAUCAGCAAAUUUUGUGGAAGAAAGAAAGAAAGUCACAGAUUUACAGAAUUCUAAUGCUCGUGAGAUCUUCACCUGUCCUGUUUGCUUUGAGGAGCAAAGCAGCAAUAAUUUGGAAGAACUUAAUAGACACAUUGAUGAGUGCCUCAGUGGGAUGCAUGUUAAAGAUACUGUGGAAAUAUCCAAGAAUGACAGUUCAAGAGAAAAUACACCUAACUUUCUUCCACAAUUUAAAAAUGAACAUGUUGAUGAACGUGAAAAAAAUAACACAGAUCAAUUAGCAGGAACAGACCAGUCUGCAAAUGUAUCUGACAGCUCUACUAACAAUAGCACAGAAAAAUUUGGUCAGAUAAUACCUGAUAAAUCUCCCAGAGAACGACAGCCUAGCAAUCUCAGUGACAUUGUUAGAAACAUGUGUAUGAAACAGUGUCUCUUCCCCAAAAGAAUAUCACAAGACAAUGAAGACCAUUUUGACAAGACUGAACAAAUAGAAGGAACUAGUUCAUCCCAUUUCUUUGACACCAAAGAAGACACUGCUCUUGUUUGUCCAGUUUGUAAUUCAGAACAGAAAACCACCAAUCUUGUGUCAUUUAACAGACAUGUGGAUGUCUGCUUAAAUAAAGGCCUUAUCCAGGAGCUGACAGAAAAAGAGGAUUUUCCUACUAAGACUUAUAAUAUGGAAAACUCAAACAGAGUUUUCUCUGGAUGUUUAAGCAAAGGACAGCAGUGCGCAAAUCCAUCACAAGGAACAAAAAGGUCUGGACUAACAGCUUCGCAGUCAGUAUCAAAAAAGGCCAAGUCAAGCAAUUCCAAACAUACUAUUGAAAUGUUUUUUAAAUGACUGUGUAGCAACAUGUUCUAUAUGAAGCAUUUCAUAGAGUUUUAUGACUGCAAGUUAAUUUAUCAUUGGCAGUAGACUGGAUUCAGGUGCCUGUCUUUUUGGAACCAUUACAUGUCUGUAUAGCAGGAACAUGAUGUCUGAGAUAGAAGAAAAGGUACAAAUGAAGGGGUUUUUUUCCUUUUCUUUUCUUUGGAGAAUAAUACUUCCCCCCCCCCCCCCCCCCCCGACUGGUUUCCAAGAAUCAGAAUUUGCUAGCACUUUGAUGUAGCUCCCUAGAACAGAAAUCACGAGCGAGGGUGGAAGCUAUCAAGCUUUCAUUGUUGUUACUGAAAAUUACUUCAGUAAGAGUUGAUGGACCAGAUCCAAAGGACUCAUUGUGGUGCACAAUGACUUCACUUACUUAAAAAAAAGUUAAUAAAACUGUUGUUUGAGAGAAGGAUUCCUUUAGGAUACUCAGACAAAUGCUGUUUGAUCUUUGGCCUUUCCAAAGAGAAUGAAAACUUCUUUAAAAUUUGAAAUUGUUACCAGUCAGUAGCACUAAAUUUACUCUAAAUAAAAGCUUUCAUGGUGCAAUAAUAAUCAAUUAUGUGCAAAUGUAAGAUAAUGAAGCUUAUUGUUUAGCUAUCUUUCUCUUUAAAAUUAUUUUGUGUUUCUGAAUAAAGUAUAUUCUGUGAGUGGAUAUGUGGAAAGAGGAAGUUAAAUGCAAAUAUUUUAAAUACUCUGUUUAGAUUUUUUUCUGUUCGCACCAAAUUGUUAAAAGACACUUUAUUAUAAUUAAAUAUUUAUCAGACAUAUAAUUUAUUAUGACAGCAUAUUUCUUAGAUGUUAUACAAACAGUGCCAAAUCUUGUAUGAAAUAUAAAUUGCUUUUUAACUGCUAAGUCUUUUAAAGAAGUGGUUACUGUAGAAGCGUCUAUUUUGUUGUUUAACUGUAUUGGGAUUUGCUUGGUUUUUAGACAAACAAGUCUAUACGUGAUAUGUCUUAGAUGCCCAAGCUCAGUUCAGAAUGUUCUUUCUUGUUUCCAGAACUGCUGGAAUAAUUACACCAUCUCUACCUGCUCAUCUGUUUGUUUGUCAGAUGCCACUGUACCCACAGCUCAGUCAUUUGAAUUCAUGUCAGUGCUCCCUUAUCUGCUUUGAACCAAAUCAGCUGGACUAGUUCAGAUUGUAAAUUGAUUCAGUUGACUUUUUCUAAACCGGGUCAGUGAGCACUCAGCAUGAGCUGUUCUGUUGACAGAGAUGAGAGUUGGUAACUUUCAGUAGGAAAGACAUAAAAGCAACUGAGAGAAUGUAAGGCCGCCAAUGCUGUUUAGAAAGUGAACACCUAUCCCUUUAUUAUUUUGUACUUUUGAUUCAAUAAAGUGUAGAAUCUAAGUA